ACAUGAGGCGGCCCGGAGAGGGGAGAGCCGGCGGCCCGCGUCAGACCCGUCGACGACGCCCGCGGAGAGGAGCCGCCCGCCAUCGCCCUCGGGCCCCUUAGGGAGGAGCAGCGGCAGCAGCGGAGAAGAUGGCGGACGACCCCAGCGCGGCCGACAGGAACGUGGAGAUCUGGAAGAUCAAGAAGCUCAUCAAGAGCCUGGAGGCGGCCCGCGGCAAUGGCACCAGCAUGAUAUCGUUGAUCAUUCCUCCCAAAGACCAGAUCUCGCGAGUGGCCAAGAUGCUGGCCGACGAGUUCGGGACGGCCUCCAACAUCAAGUCUCGCGUCAACCGCCUUUCCGUCCUGGGAGCCAUCACCUCCGUACAGCAGAGGCUCAAACUCUAUAACAAAGUACCUCCAAACGGCCUGGUCGUUUACUGUGGAACAAUUGUGACGGAAGAAGGAAAGGAGAAGAAAGUCAACAUUGACUUCGAGCCUUUCAAACCCAUCAAUACGUCGUUGUAUCUGUGCGACAAUAAAUUCCAUACGGAGGCCCUCACGGCCCUCCUGUCCGACGACAGCAAGUUCGGCUUCAUCGUGAUCGACGGGAGCGGGGCCCUGUUCGGCACGUUGCAGGGGAACACCAGAGAGGUCCUGCAUAAGUUCACCGUCGAUCUCCCGAAGAAACACGGUCGCGGAGGUCAGUCGGCCCUGCGUUUCGCCCGGCUGAGGAUGGAGAAGCGGCACAACUACGUGAGGAAGGUGGCGGAGACGGCCGUGCAGCUCUUCAUCUCCGGGGACAAGGUGAACGUGGCCGGGCUGGUGCUGGCCGGCUCCGCCGACUUCAAGACGGAGCUCAGUCAGUCAGACAUGUUCGACCAGCGGUUGCAGUCCAAAGUCCUAAAACUCGUCGACAUUUCGUACGGUGGCGAAAACGGAUUCAACCAAGCCAUCGAACUGUCCACCGAAGUCCUCUCCAACGUGAAGUUCAUUCAAGAAAAGAAGCUAAUAGGAAGGUACUUUGACGAGAUUAGUCAGGACACCGGGAAGUACUGCUUCGGAGUCGAAGACACACUAAAGGCUUUGGAAAUGGGAGCCGUAGAGAUCCUCAUAGUCUAUGAAAAUCUGGAUAUAAUGAGAUACGUUCUUCAUUGCCAAGGCACCGAAGAGGAGAAGAUUCUGUAUCUGACCCCGGAACAAGAGAAGGAUAAAUCUCACUUCACAGACAAAGAGACGGGCCAGGAGCACGAGCUGAUCGAGAGCAUGCCCCUUCUGGAAUGGUUUGCCAACAACUACAAGAAAUUCGGAGCCACCUUGGAAAUCGUUACAGACAAGUCCCAGGAAGGAUCCCAGUUCGUGAAAGGAUUUGGCGGGAUCGGAGGUAUCCUGCGGUACCGAGUGGACUUCCAGGGCAUGGAAUACCAAGGCGGAGACGACGAAUUUUUCGACCUCGACGACUACUAGGUAGUCCACCCGGGUCUGGCGGGAAGCGCCUCGCCCUCCAACGUCCAACCCAAGGAGCACAGCCGCGACAGAGCCAGGCCGGAUCCCUGCCUGACGGUCGGAGAGUCUCCGGGCUUCCCGAUCCCCCGCGCGUCGGAUAGCGAAAAACCACCACAAGACAACCUUACACACUGCGAUCGGUCACAUGGCGUCACUGCGGGAGCAGCAAACUACUAAGUUCCUCGAGGCCACUUUGGACUAAUUUAAAACAAACAGAAAACAACAACAACAA